AUGAUGGAGGAUUUCAACUCUGAGACUGAUAGCGACUACACCAGCUACUGGAGAGACUGGUUCAUUUCGUCCCGCGGAAACGAGUACUUUUGCGAAAUCGACGAGGAAUACUUGACCGAUCGUUUCAACCUUACCGGCCUCAACACCGAGGUCCCUUACUAUCAGUAUGCGUUGGACCUCGUGACCGACGUUUUUGACCUCGAUGCGGAUGACGACCUUCGUGAGCAGAUCGAGAAAUCGGCUCGCCACUUGUACGGACUUGUUCAUGCCCGCUACAUUGUCACUACCCGUGGUCUCGCCAAAAUGGUUGACAAGUACAAGAAGGGCGACUUCGGAAAGUGCCCCCGUGUUGCGUGCGAAGGCCACCCUCUGCUUCCUACCGGCCAGCACGAUGUCGCGAACACUAGCACCGUUCGUCUCUACUGCUCCAAAUGCGAGGACAUUUACAACCCCAAAUCGUCCAGACACGCAUCCAUUGAUGGGGCCUAUUUCGGAUCUUCCUUUACUAGCAUGUUGUUCCAAGUCUACCCCGCUCUCCUUCCCGAAAAGAGCGUCGCUCGCUAUGAGCCUCGUAUCUAUGGCUUCCGUGUGCACGCCAGCGCUGCUCUUGCACGCUGGCAGGACCGUUACCGCGAGGAGACCAGAGCUCGUCUUCGCGAUGCCGGCGUGGAGGUGAAAUAUGCCGAAGACGACGAGGAUGACGAGCGCGAGGACGAUGAAGAUGAGGUUGAGGCUGAUGAAGCCGAUGCCAGAGGAGCCAGAGUUGCAGGAGACGCGGCCUCGGCCCGUAUGGACAUCGGAAACUGA